GUGUUUUUCACCAGGUGGAGGCAAUAACGGCUUCCAGCAUCUGUGCGCAGGCGCAGUGGCACAUCACACAACCGCAAUAAGCAAAUAUGGCGGCGGCCGUCGACAGUGUUGUUAAAGUGCUUGGAGAGCAGUAUUACAGAGAUGCCAUGGAGCAGUGUCAUAAUUAUAAUGCUCGUCUGUGUGCCGAGCGCAGCAUCCUUAUGCCUUUCCUGGACUCUCAGACUGGUGUAGCCCAGUCCAACUGUUACAUCUGGAUGGAGAAGAGACACCGAAGUGCAGGCGUAGCUCCAGGGCAGCUCUACACCUACCCAGCCCGUCGCUGGAGAAAGAAACGGCGUUCUCAUCCCCCUGAGGAUCCCCGUCUGGCCUUUCCCCCAAUCAAACCAGAUCUGGAUGAUGAAGACUUUGAGGAUGAGACUCCCAAGAGGCGAGGGAAGAGCAAGUCCAAGGGCCGCAGUGACAAGAAUGGCAAGAAGAAAACGGAGGCCGCAGCUGCAGCACUGGAGGAAAGGGAUAAACCUUACGCCUGCGACAUUUGUGGGAAGCGCUACAAGAACCGUCCUGGCCUGAGCUACCACUAUACACACUCUCACCUGGCAGAGGAGGAGGGCGAGGACCGCGAGGAGAUCGAGGCACCACCCACUCCUCGCCAGCCUGAGGAGCAGAAGAGUGAGUCACUCUCUAGUGCUGAGAGAGAGAGAGAUGGAGAGAAAGAGGGGAGGGAGGUUUGGUUGCAUGCUGACCAGCUGCUGUUCUGUGAUGACUGUGAUCGAGGCUACCACAUGUACUGUCUAACUCCACCCAUGACUGAACCACCAGAGGGGAGCUGGAGCUGCCACCUGUGCCUGGCUCUGCUGAAGGACAAAGCCUCCAUAUACCAGCAAAACCAGAGCUCCGCCCCUGAGUGACAACACAGUGGUGGACUCCACCCCCUUCAGGCACCAGGAUCCCACCCCGAAUUGAAACGUCAGACCUCCUCUCAGUCUGGAGCUCGAGGCUCGGUCCUGAUGUAGCUGAGCCGGAUUGCAGAUCAGCUUUAGAAGUCUUUCAUAUCUUCAGCGGCCAAAGGGGGAGGGGGGAACAGAGCCAAAACAGACCUCAGAUCAGCAACCACGGGGAUCAAACCGUCACUACCAACCUGCCUGCAGAGUCCCCGAGGCCUGCCGUCAAACAGCAUGGACACACACUUUCUCCUGGACUGUUACACACCAGAUACCAGAGACAGAGCGCAUACAGUAACCAUAGUAGCUGCUGUCUCCAUGGGAGCUCCUAGGAGAAAACGGAUUAGCACCACAGCUAACAACCUGCACCCCUCACACUCAAAGACACAGUGUGCAGUGUCGACCCACCACAGUUCUUCUUCUGCUGAAUGAUCUGUUUUUAUUCCCCGAAAGGAGCAAAAGGAAAAUGUCACAACAUACAGUAAACGGUUGAGUAUUCUUCUUCUUCUUCUUCUUAUUGUUAUUAUUAUUAUCAUUAUUGUUAUUGUUCUGGUUACUAGUGGGCUUUUGUAGUGGCAUGUGUGCUUUUGUCUGAUCCAUCGGAGUAUUUAUCCUUUGAGGAAGUUUCCAGAGAGGGACCCGGUCAGUGCCAAGGUCCGCCAUCACACGACAGCGGCUCAUCACUCGCUCAUUUGAGUCUGCACAAAAGUUUUUGUAUUUGCUACCUUUCACCUCCACUCCAUUACUUCAACCAAACACUACAUAAAGACCAUAUGCUGUAGGCUGAGCUCAUCAAACAAAAGCCUUUUUCCCCCUUUUUUUUUUUUCAUCUUUCUCCAUCAGACAGAAAACCUGAUUUUGCCGGGACGUCAGAAACAUGAAACUAAUUAGGAUAAAGUAGCAUCCUGUUCUCACAGCUGUUAUUUUGCUUGCUUUGUAAACUUCAUCUGGCAGUGACAUCAUCCUUUCACACUCCAUUUCUGUUGAUUCAGUGGCACACACGCAUUCACAAACUGUAGCUGCUUUCAUCAUUUGUCACACUGAGGCAGAUUUGCAUGCAAAUUGCACCUGUAUGAACGCACACACACUCUCAUGUCACACUCUUUAUUUUUUUGUUGUUGUUGACAUUGUAUUGUUUGUAUUUUAUUUUUUCAUUUUGUAUUAUCUGAUAUUCCAUUGGUAUUGGGAGUUUUCUAGUAGAAUUUUGUAAACUCUACAGCAUAGCAAACACUUCAAUAUCUAGCUCCUAAUGCAUUCUCUGUACUGUAUUUGCCUUUUUCUAUUUUUUUUAUGACUGUGACAUGUUUGGAUUUAUUUGAUUAUUCUGAUAUGUCAAACCUCCAUUAUGAGUAUUUGUAUAAUGAUGUACUUUGUUGUACUAUUUUUAUUUUUACAUUUCUUUGGUAUUGAAGCCAAUUUAGCCUGAAUGAAAAAUAUCACCUUUAAUAA